CAGCACUGUACCCUGGCAACCCUGCUCUGUAAAAGUCGGAAAAACAGAGGAUUUUAUUUUCAAUUGGACAAUUCGCAACGUAAACAGAAGGAAAAUGUCGCGACAAGCCUCUCGCCUGGACGCCAAGAAAGUGAACUCGGAGUUCCUGACACUCACCUACGGGGCACUUGUCACCCAGAUGCUGCGCGACUUCGAGAACGCCGAGGACGUGAACAAGCAGCUGGAGCGGAUCGGCUACAACAUGGGCAUGCGCCUGAUCGAGGACUUUCUCGCGAGGACGUCGGCGCCCCGCUGCCUGGAGAUGCGCGAGACGGCCGAUCGUGUGCAGCAGGCGUUCCGCAUCUAUCUGAACAUCCAGCCCACCAUCUCGAACUGGUCGGCGGCCUCCGAUGAGUUCUCGCUGCUGUUCGACAGCAAUCCGCUGACGGAGUUCGUCGAGCUGCCGCCGGAUCUGACCAAUCUGCGCUACAGCGCCAUACUCAGCGGCUGCAUCCGCGGCGCCCUGGAGAUGGUGCAGCUGGAGGUGCAGUGCUGGUUCGUGCAGGAUCAACUGAAGGGCGACAAUGUGACGGAACUGCGCGUUAAGUUCGUGCGGCGUCUAGAGGAGGUCAUACCAGCUGGCGAGGAUUAGAAAACAACAACAGUGUGGAUCAGUGGAUCAGAGUUCUUUAGGGCGGGGUUCAAUAAAAGCACAUUCUGUAUAGAAUUUAGCAUCUAGUUUUGAAACUGUAGUCCACAUUCCGCGGCAAAAGCAUCAGCAAAAGGAGCAACAGCAACGGCAACAGCAGGAGCAACAAGCAACAUCCACAGGAGCAACAGCGGCAACAGCAAUAUUGGAGCAAUAAGAAUCGUUACAACAAGUUUAGUUUUAUGUUUUAUUCGACUUUAUACAAAUGAUUUAACUUUGGGUAUACUUGUAUAAGAAAACAAUAGAAAAUAUGUUUCUGUUCAUAUUUGGCAUGAUAUAAAGCUUCAUAAACUCGAUUAAAAAAACACAAAAGUAUUUGAUAACCACCCAUAGAUAUUACGUUCCUAAAGGCAUUGAUCGCUUUGGAUGUGGGGUAGUAAUAAAACAUAAUUGUUAGUUUUAGAUAAACUCGAAGAUAUCUAACAUGUUAAAUAUUAAAAAUGUACAAAAACAAGAA